UGCAUCAUACUGGAGACCCCGUUGAGAGGAUCUUUUCUCUCUAUAAAGAGAAGAUGCAGCUCAGGCGCCUUUGAGAUGAUCUCAAGGAUUUACUGCGCGCCUCUCUGCCUCUAACUUCAGACGGGCUUCUUCUUCUUCUUUCUUCUUCUCCUGUUCCAGCGCCAAGACGACCAGGACUGCGAGCGCAUUGAAAACAUUUACGCACCGGACUCAGGACAUUUAAUAACGCGGGAUUUCACAGUCUACAUCUCCAAAGUCUCGGGAGUCGCCUAAGACCUGCGAAUGUGAGCAUCCUUUAUCCUCUUUGUGCUGCCAGCUGUAGUUGAGACUUUGCGCGUCGUCUCCUCUCGGCGCAGUUUGUGUCGCAGGUGCGUGGAGAAGGAGCCCGAGGACAGAUGGCUGCGCUGACGAUACAAAGGACGGACAACUUUUUGCACACCUUCUUACAGGACCGGACGCCCAGCUCCUCUCCAGAGGGACCACCCAACGCCCUCUCCUUCCUGGCCACCACCUGUAGCCAGGCCUGGCAGGUGGGAAGCUCCAUGGGCUCAGAAGGUUCCCAGUUCCCCUACGAGGGCACUGUCAGCUCCACAUCUGGAAUGUUUCAGCUCUGGAGCAACGACAUGCCGCCCAGCACGGCCCUCAGCACGCACCAGAUGACCUUCACUGUGCCCAAGGUUCAGUUCCCCGGACACAUGCAGUCUGGCCUGAGUCACCAUCAUCACCAUCACCCACACCACCACCACCACCAUGAGCUGCCUCUCACCCCUCCGGCUGAACCUCCGUCGUCCUACUCCUUUGAACUGUCCCCCGUUAAGGUGCUGUCCUCGCAGCCGCAGGCCAGCGGCCCCUACUACCCUCAGCACAACAGUGUCGGACAAAACUUCCCCAGCUUCCUCCAGAAUUCAUCGGCCAGACAUCACUUAUCUAGCAACCAUAUGGAGGAGAGCCAGCAAUGGUGGAGCCUACCGCAAACCAACGCCACCCCUUCCAACCACCCGUUCUCUCUGGGCAGGCAGCUGGUUUUGGGUCAUCAGCCACAGAUAGCUGCUCUUCUCCAGGGCACGUCAAAGGGUCUCCUGAGCUCCACGCGCCGCUGCCGCCGCUGCAAGUGCCCAAACUGCCAGGCAAACGGCGGGGGCCUGGAGUUCGGAAAGAAGAGACUGCACAUCUGCCACAUCCCAGAGUGUGGCAAAGUGUACAAGAAGACCUCUCACCUGAAGGCGCACCUGCGCUGGCAUGCCGGGGAGAGGCCAUUCAUCUGCAACUGGCUCUUCUGCGGCAAAAGCUUCACCCGCUCGGAUGAGCUGCAGCGGCACCUCCGCACGCACACCGGGGAGAAGCGGUUCGGGUGCCAGCAGUGCGGCAAGAGAUUCAUGAGGAGCGACCACCUCUCCAAGCAUGUGAAGACCCACCAGACCCGGAAGAGCCGGUCUGGGCAGAGCACGGACCCUCUGCUCACCAAUAUCAAAAGAGAGUAGUGGCCGUCGUUCAGAAAUCAUUUUCAACCAAGACCAAACUGUGUGACUCACACUUACUGCCAUAGGUUUGCACUAGAGGGUAAGCAUCGAGCUCCCCCGAAUAUUUUCUCUUGUCAAAGCUCUCAUUCUAACUUCCAAGUAGUACCAUAAACGAAUAUUUAGUGACCAUUUUGGCUGAUGUAUCUGUGUGCUGUUGGAGGCGACGCACCUUUAAAGAAAACUUGAAGCCUUUUUUUUUUUCAGCGACAUUGUGAGAAUUUGCCGCAUCGUUCAGUGUACUUUUCAACACGCCACAUAAGAGGAACAUUUUGCGCCUUUCGAUAUCAACCGUUUAUUUAAAUUUGAACUGAUGUGAAAGUCCACGUUUUUCCUUCAAACUUCACGAUGUAAAUAUUUCAUCCACGGGGAGGACGCGCCGGACAUGAGAAAAUCUCAAAGAGGUUUACUCUGAAGUGUUUGUCCAUAUUGUCACUUUCAAAAUAAAUGUUCGCCCUAUAGAAAACCUCACGGUUGCUGUAGAAAAAAAAAACAAAAACAAAAAAACAUCUUCUCUCUCUCAAAAGGCUCUGAAUGGAUAAAUGCCCGUGUUGCUGUUGAGAAUUAGAUUCUUAUUCUAAAACAUACCCUAAUUUGUCUGCUACAAGGAUCUUUUCUUGAGAUGUGAACACGAGAGUCUUUGAUCUGCAGAUGUAUCGGCUCUUAAGCAGCGUUGUGAAGCCCCAGUGCUGCAGAUUAGCAACAUUUUUAAUUUUUAAGUUCUUUGUAAAUUAUGUAUAAAUAUCACGAACAGUUUUAUUGGGGUUAUGACAGCAUGUACAUUUUAAUAAACAUUGUCCUUGAAACAA